CUUGCUAAAAUCUUCCAUGACUUACUGGCUUCAGCUUGGAACAUCAUAUCCUUUGCAACAAUUUGAAGGGAAAUGAAAUUUGAGGAUAUUAAUCCUAGACAAAUUUGUAAAUGCCGACUAUGAAUCCUUCUCGAUCACCAUGCAUUAAAUGGCGUGUAAUGAACGCUCAAUCAAAGCCCUUUUCCUCUGCUGGUGUGAGUUGGCACGUGCCUAGGAUGAAAGUAGAAACAAAAUCCAGCAGCCAAAGAGGAGUGAAAUAGAGGGCGUUUGACCAACAGAUCAGUCCUGAAUAUCUGCAGCUUCCUGGUGUCAUCACCCUUAUCUUUCCCUUCCUGGAAAACCAAAACCCUGACUAGAAAAUCUAUCGAUCUUGUACCAAAAAAAAUGCAUAGACAGAAAAUGAAGAUUAGCUCAGAGCUUGUCUGUCUUGUUUUCCUAUCUGCCCUUUCCUUUACCGUUGCUGCCUCAUCUCCAGCUUCCACCAACGCAUCUGCAACAUGUCCAAUGGACCUCAACUAUGUCACAAGAAUCCCGUGGAACAACUCUGUUUGCCACAACUUCCACCCCAGCUCAACCUCCAAAGCUGAAAUUGCAAAAGAAAACUGUUGCACAUCUCUAUUAUCGGUCUUGGGUAUUGGAUUUGCCGUACAUCUUAAAGAAACAUCUCUCUUUCAUCUACCAAAUUUGCCCACUUCUGUUUCUUGCCUCCAAGAUUUCCAGUCAAAGCUUAACUCUCUUUCUCUUCCUAGUAAUCUCGUUUCCCUUUGUUUUGAACCUAUGCAGUUUGUGAUUACACCUAACGUUUGUGCCAACAUACAAACAACCCAAGAUUGGGUUGCCAAGCUGGGGGAAUCGACUGCACUUGACCACGGUUGCAGUUCUGAUCUCAAUGAUCUUACUGUUUGUGAUACUUGUCUUCGUGCUGGUAACGAAGUUCAUGCUAGAUUGGUCUCUAUUGAUGGUAAUGAAACUCACAGUACUGAUUGUUUUCAUUUUGUUGUUCUUUAUGCUGCUGGAAUUGUUAAUGAGCUUGGACCUGAAAGUAAUGGGGUUGUGAAAUGUGCUUUUGCAUUAACUUUGAAUGAGCAAUCUAGUUCAGCCAGUGAAAGACAUUCAGUCCUUGUUUUUGGCUUGAUUGGAGCUGGGGUUGCUGUUUUUGUUACGUUUAGUUUAUUGGGGUCCUACUUUUGGUAUACAAAAAGAUUUACAAAGAAGAAUAAUAGUGGCUCUGAUUCUAAUUUUGAUGAUUUAGAGGAGCAAGGGUCUAGGCCAAAAUUGAGGCCUAAUACAGGGUCGAUUUGGUUCAAACUUCAUGAUCUUGAGAAGGCUACGGAUAAUUUUUCGCAGAAGAAUUUUAUAGGGAGAGGGGGAUUCGGUUUUGUUUACAAAGGCGUUUUACCAGAUUGGACAGUGGUCGCUGUUAAGAGAAUUAUAGAAUCAGAGUUUCAAGGAGAUGAAGAGUUUUGCAAUGAGGUUGAGAUUAUUAGCAACUUGAAGCAUAGGAAUCUUGUGCCUCUUAGAGGGUGUUGUAUGAUCGAUGAUGACGAAAAUUAUGAUGAGAAAGGGAGUCAAAGGUAUCUUGUCUACGAUUAUAUGCCAAAUGGAAACCUUGAUGACCAUUUGUUCCCAUCAAAAAUGGGAAGUACACCAUUGAGUUGGCCUCACAGAAAGAACAUAAUUUUGGAUGUGGCAAAGGGGUUAGCUUAUUUGCACUAUGGAGUGAAGCCUGCAAUAUAUCAUAGAGAUAUAAAGGCUACGAAUAUAUUGCUUGAUGCUGAUAUGAGAGCAAGAGUGGCAGAUUUUGGGUUGGCGAAGCAGAGUAGGGAAGGUCAGUCUCACCUCACUACUAGAGUGGCUGGAACUCAUGGAUACUUGGCCCCUGAAUAUGCUCUUUAUGGGCAACUGACUGAGAAGAGUGAUGUUUACAGUUUUGGUGUGGUUGUUUUGGAGAUAAUGUGUGGGAGAAAAGCUCUUGAUUUGUCUUCAUCAGGCUCACCACGUGCAUUUUUGAUAACUGAUUGGGCUUGGUCAUUGGUGAAGGCAGGAAAAGUAGAGGAGGCUUUGGACCGGUCCUUGAUCAAUAAUGGGGAUUCUGUGAAUUCAAAUCCAAAGGCUAUAAUGGAGAGAUUUGUGCAGGUUGGGAUUUUGUGUUCUCAUGUAAUGGUAGCUUUAAGGCCUACCAUUUUGGAUGCACUGAAAAUGUUAGAAGGCGAUAUUGAAGUUCCUCCAAUUCCAGAUCGACCAAUGCCUCUAGGGCACCCUUCAUUUUGUGGUGACGGCAAUGCUUUCAGCAUCUCACCAGCAUUAAGUGGGCCACAACUGCAUGCAGGAGACAUGCUCAGGUCAUUGGAGAGAGAUAACGACUCCAGUGGGUUCUCAAUGCGCAAAGAUUUCAAACAUUCCAUUCUUUUUGUCAUGCUAUCUGUUCUGUAUAUAGGUUUUGUAUAGUCCUUGUAUACUAGCUCCAGCUUGUAGCCUUGUAUGGAUUUCUGUCAUAUUUUAUAGUGGAUUUGGGGUUUAUUUCAGUUUAUUGAAGUCUCUAUAUUUAUUUUAUUGUUUGUUUUCUCUUAAAAAUGAAUGGUAACCUUUCAUACGUUAGAACUGCUAUAAAAGCCUAGUGUUACAAAUAAUAUGGAGCAAGCUCAAUAGCUUCACAGAACAGUAGGCAGUCAGCUUUUACACAGGUUGAAGCUGGUUCAAGGGGGAAAGCUGGAGAAACAGUAGAGCAUUGCUUUUCUGUUUGUGUGUGAGAAGCAGAUUGCUCCGUGAUGCAUAAAACACCGUGUGUGUGUGUUUGUUAUUCAUCAUUGGUUGAAACUUGUUCACUGGUCGUGAGAGCAGUGAAAAAUGAAGGGCUCUGCAUUGGUUGAGAGAUGAGAAUUGCAAAACAACAAGAAUGUGCCAUUUAGGAUGCUGCCUUUAAUGCCAACCUUUUUGUUUGAAGCAGACAAUGCCUAGUGUUGCUCGUCCAAUUCUGUUCAGCCAAUGCCGUGAGCAGCCCAUGGUUGCCUGCCUGCUAAAUUCUUUGUUCUAGUUUUCGAAGUAUCAAUAGUUUUAUUAUUUGUCAUUGACUGAGUGGAUUUUCAAACAGCAGAAAC